UAAAAGCAUUCUGAGAAGUUCGAGAACUCAGAACUACUUAAACUAGAAAUCAGGUGCAUGUGUGUCAUGUUGCUGUAGGUUUCUCUCUUACCCUGUUUAUAGGUACCACACAUUCAGUCACGAUCAACUUCCUUCUUGUGUAAGCAUGCCCCGUUUACAUAUUUUCUCUCUCAUGAAGUCUUGCUAAUUCAUCUCUUGUGAUCAUCAACACACAGAAUUUUCUUAACCUGUUCUAUCAACAAUAGUGUCUUCACUUCCUUCUCUUUCCUCUUCUCGUAUUUCAAACUUCUUAUUAACUGCCGAUGCUAUUCUUUGCCUUGUUCCGUGAAAACACUUAGCAUACAUGUUUGAGUAACCAGAAGGCAAAUAAAAGAAGGUAGUUCAAGUUGACUUUUGGUGAAGGAAAAAGAUGGCAUACAGAAGGGGGUCUGAUCAGCAACCGCAGAGGCCGAUUCUGCGGAGUCAGACUGCUGGUAACCUGGGAGAGGCAAUGAUGGAUAGUGAAGUGAUACCCUCUUCACUUGUUGAGAUUGCUCCAAUACUCAGAGUUGCUAAUGAAGUAGAGUCUAGCAAUCCAAGGGUUGCUUAUCUCUGUCGGUUCUAUGCCUUUGAGAAAGCUCACAAAUUAGAUCCUACAUCAAGUGGACGAGGUGUUCGGCAAUUUAAAACAGCACUUCUUCAACGCCUGGAAAGGGAAAAUGAGACAACAUUGGCAGGAAAGUCGAGGAGUGAUGCCCGUGAAAUGCAAAACUUUUAUCAGCAUUACUUCAAAAAAUACAUUCAAGCUUUGCAGAAUGCUUCUGAUAAAGCUGAUCGUGCCCAACUUACAAAAGCAUAUCAAACUGCGGCUGUUCUAUUUGAUGUUUUGAAGGCUGUCAACCAGACAGAAUCUGUGGAAGUAGCUGAUGAGAUUUUGGAAGCUCACACUAAAGUUGCAGAGAAGACACAGAUGUUGGGACCUUUUAACAUUCUUCCUCUUGAUCCUGAUAGUAAAAAUCAGGCUAUCAUGGAAUAUCCAGAGAUUCAAGCAACUGUUUCUGCACUGCGCAACACCAGGGGUCUGCCAUGGCCAAAAGACCACCCAAAGAAAGAAGAUAAAGACAUUCUAGACUGGCUUGGGGCUAUGUUUGGUUUUCAGGAGGACAAUGUGGCCAAUCAAAGGGAGCACCUGAUUUUGUUGCUUGCAAAUGUGCGCUUACGGCAAUUCCCAAAUCCUGAGCAGCAAGCCAAGAAGUUGGAUGAUCGUACUCUAACUGAAGUGAUGAAGAAACUUUUCAAGAACUACAAAAAAUGGUGCAAGUAUCUGGGGCGCAAAAGCAGCCUUUGGCUGCCAACUAUUCAACAAGAAGUGCAGCAGCGUAAAUUACUUUACAUGGGUCUGUAUCUUCUUAUAUGGGGAGAAGCUGCAAACUUGAGAUUCAUGCCAGAAUGCCUUUGCUAUAUAUAUCAUCAUAUGGCAUUUGAACUUUAUGGAAUGCUAGCUGGGAGCGUAAGUCCAACAACGGGUGAGCAUAUAAAGCCAGCCUAUGGGGGUGAAAACGAGGCGUUCUUAUGGAAAGUAGUAAAACCUAUUUAUGAUACAAUAGCAAAGGAAGCUCAAAGGAGCAAAGGAGGAAAGUCAAAGCAUUCUCAAUGGAGAAAUUAUGAUGAUUUAAAUGAAUACUUCUGGUCAGUUGAUUGUUUUCGUUUAGGUUGGCCUAUGCGUGCUGAUGCUGAUUUCUUCUGGCUACCUCUUGUACAGCCUGGACAAGAAAACCAUGAUGAAAAAAAGCUGGUUACUAGUGAUCGAUGGAUGGGAAAAACCAAUUUCGUCGAAAUACGCUCCUUUUGGCAUAUCUUCAGAAGUUUUGAUAGAAUGUGGAGUUUUUAUAUUUUGUGCUUACAGGCUAUGAUUAUCAUUGCUUGGAAUGGAACGGGGGAUUUAAGUUCCAUAUUUCAUGGUGACAUUUUCUUGAGGGUUCUGAGUAUCUUCAUAACUGCUGCAAUAUUGAAGCUUGCUCAAGCUGUUCUUGAUGUCAUCCUAAGUUGGAAAGCAAGAAGGAGCAUGUCAUUUUAUGUGAAGCUAAGAUAUAUUUUGAAGGCUUUUCUGGCCGCAGCAUGGGUUGUAGUUUUACCGGUAACUUAUGCAUACAGUUGGAAAAAUCCUCCUGGAUUUGCACAGACGAUUAAGAGUUGGUUUGGAAAUAGUCCAAGUUCGCCUUCUUUGUUCAUUAUGGCUGUCCUUAUUUACUUAUCCCCAAACAUGCUCUCCACAUUGUUGUUUUUGUUCCCGUUCAUUCGUCGAGUUCUUGAAAGAUCGAAUUAUAAGAUCGUGAUGCUCAUGAUGUGGUGGUCUCAGCCUCGACUCUAUGUUGGAAGGGGAAUGCAUGAGAGUGCUAUUUCACUUAUCAAGUACACUACAUUUUGGGUUCUGUUAAUAGCAUCAAAAUUAACCUUCAGCUAUUUCGUGGAGAUAAAGCCUCUUGUGGGUCCAACCAAAGCAAUCAUGCAAGUUCGAGUUAGAAUCUUUCAGUGGCAUGAGUUCUUCCCUCAAGCAAAGAAUAACAUUGGUGUUGUUCUUGCACUUUGGUCUCCAAUUAUUCUUGUCUAUUUUAUGGACACUCAGAUUUGGUAUGCUAUAUUCUCCACUAUAUUUGGAGGUAUUUAUGGUGCUUUUCGCCGUCUUGGAGAGAUUCGAACACUGGGAAUGUUGAGGUCUCGAUUCCAAUCAUUGCCAGGUGCUUUUAAUGCGUGCCUGAUUCCAGUAGAGAAGAAUGAAAAGACCAAGAAAAAGGGAUUCAAGGCCACUUUUUCUCGCAAACUUCCUGAGAUCUCACCCAACAAAGAGAAGGAGGAAGCAAAGUUUGCACAAAUGUGGAACAAGAUAAUCAGUAGCUUUAGAGAUGAGGAUCUAAUAAGUAAUAGGGAAAUGGACUUGUUGCUUGUGCCAUAUUGGGCUGACAGUGAUUUGAAGCUUUUCCAAUGGCCUCCUUUUUUACUUGCUAGCAAGAUUCCAAUAGCACUGGAUAUGGCAAAGGAUAGCAAUGGAAAUGACCGUGAGCUGAAAAAGAGAUUGAAUUCAGACAAUUAUAUGCAAUGUGCAGUUCAAGAAUGCUAUGCUUCUUUCCGAAAUAUCCUUAACUUUUUGGUUAAAGGAGAACGUGAAAAAGUGGUUAUCAAGGAAAUUUUCACCAAAGUUGAUGGACAUAUUGAAGGAGGGAAUUUGAUAACUGAGUUGCAAAUGAGUGCUCUUCCUUACCUCUAUGAACAGUCUGUUAAGCUUAUUGAAUUUCUGUUAGAAAACAAGAAGGAGGACAAGAAUCAAGUUGUUAUCGUCUUGCUUAACAUGCUAGAGGUUGUAACAAGAGACAUCAUGGAAGAUGAGGUUCCAAGUUUGCUAGACUCUAGCCAUGGUGGAUCAUAUGAAAAAAGAGAGGGAAUGACACCACCUGACCAACAACAACAGUUAUUUGGUCAACUUAACUUUCCAGUUACCUCAGAAACAGACGCUUGGAAAGAAAAAAUCAGAAGGCUUCAUAUACUGCUUACUGUGAAGGAAUCUGCUAUGGAUGUUCCAUCUAAUCUGGAAGCUAGAAGGCGCAUAUCCUUUUUCUCUAACUCAUUGUUCAUGGACAUGCCUAACGCACCCAAAGUUCAAAAUAUGCUUUCCUUCUCUGUCCUAACUCCUUACUACACAGAGGAUGUACUGUUCUCCAUAAAAAGCCUAGAAAAGCCUAAUGAAGAUGGAGUUUCAAUUCUUUUUUACUUGCAAAGGAUCUUUCCAGAUGAAUGGAUGAACUUUCUGGAAAGGUUUAAUUGCAGUAGUGAAGAAGAACUCAAGGAAAAUGGGCUGGAAGAAGAGCUUCGUCUAUGGGCAUCAUACAGAGGUCAAACAUUGACCAAAACUGUACGAGGCAUGAUGUAUUACCGAAAGGCUUUGGAACUUCAAGCCUUUCUUGAUAUGGCAAAGGAUGAAGUAUUAAUGAAAGGCUAUAAGGCUGCUGAAUUGAAAAGUGAGGAACAAUCAAAGAGUGAAGCAUUAUUGUUUGCACAAUGUCAAGCAGUAGCGGAUAUGAAAUUCACAUAUGUGGUUUCAUGCCAGCAGUAUGGCAUUGAUAAAAGAUCUGGUAAUGAACGUGCCAAAGAUAUUCUGAAGCUUAUGACUACGUACCCAUCUCUCCGUGUUGCUUAUAUUGAUGAGGUUGAAGAAACUAGUAAAGAUAAAUACAAGAAGACAGUUGAGAAGGUUUAUUAUUCUGCUCUUGUGAAGGCUGCAGAACCAACCAAGUCCAUUGAUUCUUCUGGGCCAGUUCAAACAUUAGACCAAAUUAUUUAUCGGAUAAAGCUUCCAGGACCUGCAAUAUUAGGCGAGGGGAAACCAGAAAAUCAGAAUCAUGCCAUUAUUUUCACACGAGGAGAAGGCCUGCAAACAAUAGAUAUGAAUCAGGAUAACUAUAUGGAAGAAGCUUUUAAAAUGAGAAACUUGCUUCAAGAAUUUCUUACAAAGCAUGAUGGUGUGAGAUAUCCUACAAUACUUGGACUUCGGGAGCAUAUAUUCACUGGCAGUGUUUCAUCACUUGCUUGGUUUAUGUCAAAUCAAGAGACUAGUUUUGUUACUAUUGGUCAAAGAUUGUUGGCUCACCCUUUGAAAGUCCGAUUCCAUUAUGGUCAUCCAGAUGUGUUUGAUAGAUUGUUUCACCUAACCAGAGGGGGAGUCAGCAAAGCUUCCAAAGUUAUCAAUUUAAGCGAAGACAUAUUUGCAGGUUUCAAUUCGACACUACGUGAAGGGAAUGUCACACAUCAUGAAUAUAUACAGGUUGGUAAGGGGAGAGAUGUUGGUCUUAACCAAAUAUCUAUGUUUGAGGCAAAGAUAGCUAAUGGGAAUGGUGAACAGACAUUGAGUCGUGACAUAUACAGGCUUGGCCAUCGAUUUGAUUUCUUCCGAAUGUUGUCUUGUUAUUAUACUACAGUUGGCUUCUAUUUCAGUACUAUGUUGACUGUGCUCACAGUCUAUUUAUUUCUGUACGGGCGCCUCUAUCUUGUGCUAAGUGGACUAGAAAAGGGAUUGAGUACUCAACCAGCUAUUAGAGACAAUAAGCCUCUUCAAGUGGCUCUCGCUUCUCAGUCGGUUGUGCAAAUUGGACUCUUGAUGGCCUUACCUAUGAUGAUGGAAAUUGGCUUGGAAAGGGGCUUUCGUAACGCAUUAAGUGAUUUUAUAUUGAUGCAAUUACAAUUGGCUUCUGUUUUUUUCACAUUUUCGCUUGGGACAAAAACCCACUAUUAUGGGAGGACAUUGCUUCAUGGAGGUGCACAAUACAGAGGUACUGGCCGUGGUUUCGUUGUGUUCCAUGCCAAGUUUGCUGAUAAUUAUCGGCUUUAUUCCCGUAGCCACUUUGUCAAGGGAAUAGAGUUGAUGAUUCUACUUCUUGUAUACCAUUUACUUGGAGCUUCAUAUAGAGGUGUAGUUGCACAUGUGUUAAUUACUAUAUCAAUUUGGUUCAUGGUGGGUACGUGGUUGUUUGCUCCUUUCCUCUUCAACCCAUCUGGCUUUGAGUGGCAAAAGAUCAUUGAUGACUGGACAGAUUGGAAUAAGUGGAUAAAUAAUCGUGGGGGGAUCGGGGUACCUCCAGAAAAGAGUUGGGAAUCUUGGUGGGAAAAUGAACAAGAGCAUCUCCUUCACUCUGGGAAACGUGGCAUCAUAGUUGAGAUAUUGUUAGCGUUGCGUUUCUUCAUCUAUCAAUACGGGCUUGUCUAUCAUUUCAGCUUCACCGAGGACAAAAGUGUUUUGGUUUAUGGUAUCUCAUGGCUUGUCAUCAUUGCAAUAUUGUUAAUCAUGAAGGCUAUGACAGUUGGAAGACGCCGAUUCAGUGCAAAUUUCCAGCUUUUUUUUAGAAUGAUUAAGGGGCUUGUAUUCCUGUCAUUUGUUACUGUUUUCAUUACUUUGGUGGCACUCCCCCGUAUGACCUUCAAAGACAUCAUACUGAGUAUACUUGCAUUUAUGCCAACUGGAUGGGGACUACUACUGAUUGCGCAAGCUUGUAAGCCACUGAUAAGAAGGGCCGGCAUAUGGGGAUCAGUUCGGACGCUUGCUCGUAUCUACGAAAUAGUGAUAGGGUUACUUCUGUUCUCCCCGGUUGCUUUCUUGGCUUGGUUUCCGUUUGUUUCAGAAUUCCAAACACGAAUGCUAUUCAACCAAGCAUUCAGCAGAGGUUUACAGAUAUCUCGUAUUCUUGGUGGACAGAGGGAGGACAAGUCAUCCAGAAACAAGGAGUAGUAAUACAUUGCAGUAGUGGUUUGAUUCUUGGAAGAUAUAUUUCUGCCAGUCUAUUCUAUCUUUGUAUGUGUAUUUAGGCAUAAGCUGAAAUUCAAUGGAUAAAGCUUGAGCCUUUUACAGGAUAUUAUCAUAGUCAGACAGACUUAUGAUGAAUGUAAAGCCAAAUUGCAAAUUAUAAUCGAAUUAGGACUGUAAAUACAAGUUUCAAGUGAUUCUGUACA